AUGCUCAACUACCAGCUCCAUCAGAAACUGACCAACAUCAAGUGGGUCAACAUAUUCUCGCCGUGGGAACGCCAAAAAGCGUAUUUCGCCGUGCUCACCUGGUUCGUGCUCAUCUACCCAAUUUGCUGCCUCUGCCAGUUGGCGCCACUCUUCCUCUUCCUCACCGGACAAUGGAUCGUGUUGGCCGCCUACGCCGUCUGGUACUUUUACGAUCGGGACACGCCGAAACGAGGCGGAUAUCGCGACAAUUGGUUCCGGAAUUGGAGACUUCAUCAGUGGUUCGCACAGUAUUUCCCGAUUCGACUACAUAAAACUGUCGACUUGGACCCACAACAGGUAAUUUCGUUUUUUUUUUUUUUGAAAAGUCAGUUGUCUGGCGAUCGUUGAGACUAUAAUCAAGUCUAGGUUUUGACGCGUUUAGAAAAUUCGGUCUCGCCACGAAAUGAUGAUUACUGUUUUCUGAACCUAGGCAUGAUUAUGCUCAAUAAAACCGUGUUAUUUCCAGAACUAUCUUUUCGGCUACCAUCCCAUGGUAUCAUCGGUAUCGGCGCCUGGUCGUGCUUUGGUUUCGACGGGUGUAAUAUUAAGAAGAUUGUAAGCCUAUCUAACAUUUUCUUUCAAAAAAUGCCAUUUCCUUUUCAGUUUGCGGUCUCCGCUUCAACAUCUGCACUCUUCCGGGCAACUUUUCCGCGAUGAUCCGUCGCGAGGUCCUUCUGAGUAUCGGCCUCAUUUCGAGCUCGAAGGAGUCGAUCGAAUACGUGCUGAACGAUCCGAAGAAGGGCCGCGCCGUGGUGAUUGUGAUCGGCGGAGCAGCCGAGGCUCUCAAUGCUCAUCCAGGAAAACACACUCUGACGCUGGCCAACCGAAGGGAUUUGUGCGAGAAGCACUGAAGACUGGCGCCCACUUGGUGCCGGUUUAUGCGUUCGGCGAGAAUGACGUGUACAAACAAAUCGAUAAUCCGGAAGGAUCGGUGCUGAGGAAAAUGCAAGAAUGGGGCAAGAAGAAGACGGGCAUCUCGUUGCCUCUGAUCUACGGAAGAGGCUAUUUUCAAAUGGCACUGGGUCUCCUGCCAAUCAAUACUUCUGUGGAUGUGGUCGUCGGCGCGCCGAUUCCUGUCGACAAGUGCGAGGGACCUUUGGAAGAGGAAAAAGUCAACGAAAUCCAUGAACGGUACAUGCGGGAGCUCGGAGCGUUGUUCGAUACGCAUAAACAAAGAUUUGGUGUGCCCGAGAAGACCAGACUCAUCUUCCAAUAACUAUACGUAUCAUUGUUUUCAAAACGUUUUUGUUAUCAGACACAGUUCUCCAAUUUUUCGUGUAUGUUGUAUGAACACGGGUCUUUCGAAUUACUCGCUAGAAUAAACAUGUUCUCAAGGAGUGACCUACUUUUUGCACAUUUUGUCAACUAAAAUCGGUGUCAAAUUUGAUCAAACAUCACAGACGCGGAACUGCACAAGCUCUCGUGUUCUUUGAUUUAUUCCUUCUAAAAGAAUUGCAUUUUCGCUCCAGAACCUUUCUGUUUACCCCGAAAAUGUUGCAACUUCAGCAGAGGCACAGCGAAAAUCGUCAUUUAUCAGUGAAUGUCAAUGAUUUGGCAUUGUAAAACUCGGGAAGCAAAAAAAAGUGUUUGAUUCGAAAACUGGAAAUCGAUUUUUCGGCGGCGAGAGGAAGAGGACGAAGAGCGAUGGCGUCGCGUGUUUCCCUGAUAUAAUACUUUCUUUCAGGAAGGAAAAGCUACGAAAGUGGCCUAGUCUCUGUGUUUGCCCAGGAAAACUUCACAAAAAUUGAUAAAAAGCGGCAAAAUGUCAAGAAACCAUCAAAAAGUGCAUCUAUCGGGGUUUUCCAGGGAAAACACAAACAGAAAUUGCAGAUUUUAGUGAUUUCUCAAUAAAAAUCUUUUUUUCAGGGAAGGAAAACGUGUCGAAGUGGUAAAGUCAACCGGAUUUAUGGGAGAAACCGAAAACAAACUGAUCGGAAAUCGAUUGAUAGCCGAAACACCAUAAAAAUGUCGGUUAUUCAGUUCUUCCGGAAAAUCGCGAUAAAAAUUACUAAUUUUAACACAAAUCACUUGCAGAAAUGCAAAAUAACCGUCGGAGAAUAAAUUUCGAAAAGAAAUCGUGGAAGUCGAGCGGGUACGAGCGCCGAGCAGCACUCCGGGCUCGAGUUUCCGCUGAGGCCCGAAGAAGUCGUUGUCUCGUCGAUCAAAUUGCCUGUAAAACGAAAAAGACUUACCUUGCCUCUUCUGAGGGCCUUGUCCGUCGAUAAAUUCCACAUUUCGUCUAAAAAAUUCGUCCUUGUCCACGCCGUCAGCGCACGCUGACGUAAAUAUCAGACACUAAUUGGGAGUGAGUGCAAGCGCGCUCCACCGGGCACUCUUCUCUGUUUUCUUGAUCUUUUUUUAGUAAUUUUUGUUCAACAAACUCUUUAAAAUUAUUUUUUAUUGUAUGAAAAAUUGUUUCAACGAAAAUAUAGAAAAUUCAAACAAAAAAUCCAUGAAAUCCGCUCAUUCGUCGGAAAGAGCUUCACUUUCAUCCGAAUCGCGCUCAUCCUCAAAAAUCAGCGGGUAAAGCUCGAAUUGAGCAUUUUUCGAGCAGGGACAAAUCGUUUCACUUCCCACACACGAAAAAUGAGCCGGCUGUUUGCACAGAGCGCAUCGCUUCCACUCCGUGACUCGACUUUCGUAUUCUAAAGGGUCUGCAUCCGAGGAAAUCUCGGGAUCAACCUAGAAAACUUUUAUAUUCGGGAGAUAUGACGGUAAUAUUACGUCUCCGCAAAUAAUGCAUCGAGAUCAGGGGUGUGCGGAAAAUUUUUUUCGGAAAAUUUCGGAAAAUCGGGUUUUCCGAAUUUUUUUUUUCGGAAAAUUUCGGAAAAAUCGGAAAAAUCGGAAAACUCACUUGUUCAUUGGUUCAAUAAAGUGUUUAAACAACGUUCUAAUACAAAAAAAUGCUUAUUAUGAUUUGAAAUCACUUGAGUGGGCGGAAGCCAAGCAAUGGAAUAUUUUUUUGCAAAAAAAUUAGCCGAGAGAAGCUCUCCGGGUCCAGUGUUUUCCGAUUGUCAGUGAGAAUGAGACGCGCGGUUGAAAAGAGUCGCUCCGUUUCUGCAGUCGUUGCGUGAGUACAGAAAAAAAAAUUUUGUGAUGCGCCUUUAAAAAGCAUACGGUGGUUUCGGACAAAUUGACCUUGAAUCCACACUAAUUUUCCGAAAAUUUUGCCGAAAAUUUUCGGAAAAUUUUCCGAAAAUUUCUCGGAAAAUCGGAAAAUUUCGGAAAAUCGAAAUAUUUUCCGCACACCCCUGAUCGAGAUAGAGCUCUUUUUGGAACUAGUGUAGUUUUUGAUGUAUCCACCGCGCUGCGCUUGGCCUUUGUUCGUUUCUGAAUACUUCUUUUACGAUAAUUCAUGCUGCAUCCCACACCUUUAGUGCUGGCACGCAGUUCAUACUUCUCCGAGAAGUUUUGCUGUUUCUCUCUUGCAUCGAAACGAGCCGUGAGUCCGACCGAUGAAGAUGGAAGAAGGGGUUCCAGUGCCUUUUCCGCCGCUUUUAAAUAUUCUUCGAAUUGCGAGUCGUUUCUGUUCAUUUUUCUCCUCAAGUCCGAAUAAAUAGUCGAAAAUGUCUGUAAAAUUUUUUAUUAAUUUUUUUUAUUCCUAGAAAAUCUCACAUUCUUCAAUUUGUCCAUUCUAACAGUAACAGAAGCGCUCCCAUCAUCGGGUUUCUCCAGCUCAGAACACGUGGCAACGAUAGGAAGCUCAGGAAGAACAGAAACGGAACCUCUUCGUUUCGAUCGUCGUCGAAAUCGUCAGAUGUGAGUUUUUUCAGAGACCGAUUCCUCGCUAAAAAUGUUUAUUUUUAAAGAUUAUUGGAAUCGCAGGAAGUUACCGAUGUGCUUAAGAACACCGUGCACAUGCUUACAGCACACUCCGACCGUCGAGAAAAGACAAUCACAAUGACAUCGAUACGCGCAUCAGCCGCAGUAGUCACAGUGAGCAACGAGUAGUGAGAACUUUUCGCAGAUGAGCCAAAACGAAGUUCAGAGUGUCCCCCUUUAUUAGUAAAUAUUUUCUUGAUCUCCUUUUCUCAAACCUUCAGAUGUAAUUUGGCAUUCUUUUUCCAGGCUCGGAACAUGUGCACAUGCCAGCGGCAGAGAACACGUUGCGUCGCCGAGGGGCAAAGAUUCGGAAAACACCACGCUGAAGGUACCGUAACCCGACUUAAAGGGAGGUAGCUACAAAUUACAAUUUUGGAGCUAAAUUUGAAUGAAAUUUGUAAGUAAUGAGUUUUUCGCGGGAGAACACUAAUGUCAGUGAAGUUUAGCCGUAAUUUUCAUGUGUUUUUUUGUUUGAAUGUUUUUUGUUUGAACCCCUGAAAAAUUAAAAAAAAAUGAAUAUUUUCUUCAAAGGCGCUUUGCUUUUUGUUUCAAAACUCAGCGGGUCCCGCCACGACACGACAGUGACCGUAUUUUCGGAUUUUGGGCCUUUCGUGAGAAAUUAUCCAGUUUUCGUGGGAUUUCGCUGUAAAAUUUCAACAAUUUGACUUUCUUUCGCCCUUUCGUGAGAAAUAAUCCAGUUUUCGUGGGAUUUCGCUGUAAAAUUUCAACAAUUUGACUUUCUUUCGCCCUUUCGUGAGAAAUUAUCCAGUUUUCGUGGGAUUUCGCUGUAAAAUUUCAACAAUUUGACUUUCUUUCGCCCUUUCGUGAGAAAUUAUCCAGUUUUCGUGGGAUUUCGCUGUACCUCUCGAACCCUUAAGUUUGUAUUCUUUGUUGUUGUUCAUUCGUUUCUCUUGUUACUGUUAUCCGAAAUGAAUAAAUAUUUAAAUUUAAGAAAAGCAGUAAAAAAAGGAACACUCUGUGAAACUAUCGAGUGAAAAUAUCGAAUUUCAAAUUACAAAGAAAUGAUUUCUUUGAAAGAAUCGGAGCUAAUUUGCAGUGUCUCAAAACCGCUCGUGCAAAUGUCGUAGUCGAAAGACAGAACGUGGCUGUUCGUUCCUUUCUGUGGCGUCCAAAGUUGAAAAAAACCCGCAAAUCUACACGUUGUAAACGUGAUUUUUACCCAUUUUUUCCGUUUUUUCAGUGGUUUCUUUAGAAAAUUCUUUCAAAAUCGAGUCAAAAAGUCAAUAAACGUUUCGAUUUUCAGGUAUUCCCUCACAAAUGGAUUUCGACGACUGCGAGGACUUGCUGGAGGAAGACGUUGACGUCCGAAUCGUAUCACCCGCAAACAAGGAAAACGAUGAAGAGGAUUUAGAAGUGAAAAGGGCGAAAGCGAAAAAUUCGAGGAUUUCUCUGACGAAAGGAGAAAAUUACACCAAGGUAAGCAUUUCAUUAUAAAAAAAAAGAAAAAAAAAACGUAAUUUGCAGCUGUCGUUCACUCAAUGCAGUCGCAUCAUUUCAAGCAUUGAAUUGAAUCAGUGUUUAUGGAACAUGAGAAGCAGCGACUACAAGGACACAUCACUGAAAAACGGACUCUGGACUGCUCUUGAGAAGUCGUUCGAAUUUCUCAAAAAAGAUCGCGGUAUCACUGGUUGCCUCUAGAAAAGCCCAUGUUGAUUUUUCAGGAAGCAACAUUAAGAAAGUGUGGAAUCCUUUGGUGGCAGCAUUCCGAACGGAACGAAAAGCAUCCAUUAAGCCUAGUGUAGCUCAAGUGUCAGAGCGAGUUCUUCAUUCAGAUACUAUGAAGAAAUGUCGUUUCUCGAGUCCACUUACAACGACAAAACGCCGCCACCGUAAGUCAAAUGUUCGAAAACCUACUCAAGUAAAAAUCCUUCAGAAUAUCCGACGAACUUCCGGGAUAUGUCCGCCGACACGUACAAGUGGAGACUCCUAAAAGAAGAAAAUGAGAAAAUGACGGCAGGAAAGCGGAAUGCGACGGCGACGAGGAUUUCAGAGCGUUCAUGAGAGAGUCAUGUGAUGUGCUGAAGAAAUUCGGACAUCUGUCAUCACUCUAAUAAAGGAAACGCUAGGAUCUCUCCCUACCUCUUCCCAGCUCCUUCGCUGAGAAGUGGAGGAGGAGGAUGGGACGAUAUGGAUCCGAUGGCACUGAAUUACUUAACGUUUCGAACAAUCAAAGUAGAAUUACAUUUUGGACUACAAAAUCCGCUAGAUUCUCUGGAAACUCGAUUGCAAUCUAAUUAGAAAAGUUUGCAAUCUAAUAAGAAAACGCUCUAUUUCGCAAUCUAAUCAGAUUUAAUUGAAGUUCCAGUAAAAUCGUAUUAGAUUACAAUAUAUUUUUCCUGAAUUGCAAUCUAAUAAGAAAAAAUUGCAAUCUAAUUAGAAAACAUUGCAAUCUAAUUAGAAAAAUUGCAGUGAUUGUAAUCUAAUUAGAAGAUUUUGCAAUCUAAUUGAAGCGAAUUCUAUUUUAAACGAAUUCGUAUUAGAUUGCAAAGUUUUCUAAUUAGAUUGCGAUCGAGUUCCCAGAGUUUGCGGGUUUUUUUCAACUUUGGACGCGGCAUUCAGAGGCGGAAGAUUUCGCUCCGCAAUGGAUGAAAAGGUUCUGGAAGCUACACGCAGAAGACGUCCACAACUGUCGAUUUCUAGGUUACUGCCUCAUGCGCCACCGCGAUGGGCAGAAGAACGAAGACUUGUGAGCAAAGUUCUGACUUUUCUGUAUUCUAUAUAAUAUUUUUUUGUGAUUUAGAAGUUUGGUCUGUUGCGACGAAUCCAGAAACACCACGCCUGUCAUCACUUCCAUCGAAUUAUCGCCAUUCUCACCGAAAAAGCUGAUUAUCGCCGAAUGGAAUGUGGGUGUAAUUCAAAGCCGCGGCCAACUAAUCAAUAUUUUCCAGCAAGGAGUCUGUCCUUUUCGGCACGUGCGGACCGGGAAGUACAGCCUGUACCCGCUCCAAAAACAACAACCUAACCAGGUAAUAAAGUCUACGUGUUGCUCCGGACACCCUCGCCGUUGGUUUUUUUCAAAGAAUUGUUUCAGGUGA